GGCCGUGCUCCCCGCGUGCUCUCCGUCCCACAUGAUGUCGCGCGUGUGAAGUUUCCUUCACCGCCGAGCCCCGCCACCAUGAGCAGCCUUUGCCGGGAGGUCAUCACUCUACAGCUCGGACAUUUCUCCAACUUUGUCGGGACUCAUUGGUGGAACCUGCAGGAUGCGUCCUUGUCCUACGAUCCAGAGUCUCCGCCUGCUGAGAUCCGGAGCGAUGUGGUGUUCCGGGAAGGCCAGACUCCAGCUGGACACGUGACGUACACUCCAAGGCUCAUCGCCAUGGAUCUUAAAGGAAGUCUUCAAACUCUGCGGCAGGAGGGAUGUCUGUACGACGCCGGAGAAGACGCCUCUGCGCUCACCUGGGAGGGGAGCUUGGUGACCCACAAGGAAAGUCCUUCAGAAAAAAACUCCUUCCUGAAAGAUCUGGACCAGCUGGACUCGCCACCCCGAAAGUCAAGUAAAAACAGUGGGAGGGCGGACACGGUGAACAGUCAGCUGAACCGCAUCCAGAGGAGCUACAGGCUGGAGGGCAGCGUCCGGGUCUGGUCCGACUUUCUGAGGAUCCACCUGCACCCGCGCACCGUCGCCGUCAUCCACCAGUACAACCACGACGGGGAGGCGCACCGUCUGGAGGCGUUCGGUCAAGGAGAGUCUGUCCUGCAGGGGGCGCUGCUGGAGGAGCUGGAGGACAGGCUGCACUUCUUUGUGGAGGAGUGUGACUAUCUGCAGGGCUUCCAGAUUCUGUGUGAUUUAGGCAACGGCUUCACGGGUCUGGGGUCCAAAGUCACAGAGCUGCUGCAGGACUCCUAUGGGGGGAGGGGCAUUCUGAGCUGGGGGCUGGUGCCGGGUGCCCCUGCUCAUUCGAGUCCGGUGAAGGACCUGUACCGCCUGUUGAACUGCACCCUGGGAAUCCUCCACAUGGCCACCAACAGCUCGCUGUUCUGCCCGCUGAGCCUGCGGGGCAGUUUGGGAAGAGUUCCCGCCCCACCUCCUGAGUUCCCCCACCUCUACUUUGACCCCUCCCUGUGGUUCCACUCCAGCGCCGUCCUCGCUCUGGCGCUGGAUUCACUCACGGUUCCGUACCGGCUGAGGAACAACAGCCCCACCAUGUGGCAGGUGGCCGACUCGCUGGUAGUUUCAGGGAGGAAGGUGGUGUCUGCGUAUGGCGCCGUCCCGUUUCCCAUGAUGCAUGGCUCCUCGCUGCCUGACGCCCUGAGUGCCUGUGCUGAGGGGUUGCCAUGGAAACCUCUGUCAACCUGCCCGGAGAGGGGCCGAUGUUACGGACAGUGGGUGACCCUGAGAGGAUUCGAAGGCCAGAAACUCAUCAGCCAUCUUCCUGCGGGGGCGCAGCCGCCCACCCCGCUUCACGGUCACCACAGCGGGGAGGACGUCCUGGCUGCUUACCUCACGUCCUUCUACCCCUCGACUCCUCUGGCGCUGCAGUUGGUGUCUGCUCCUUCUCAGCUGAUGCAACCCUUCCCGCAGAUCUUCAGCUCCUCCCUAAACGCUCAAGGUUUUUUGCAGAGCCUGCAACAGCCGCACGCCCCGCCUCCCGCUGUUGCAUCAGCACCCGUCUUGACAUCUCUCCAGUCGGGGUCUGCUCUCGACUCUUGGCUUUCUGAGUUUCACCAAGCCGCCAGAGGCGUUGACGUGCGCCGCGUGGCCCCCAGCUUCUUCUCCCAGGGACCAGAAAUGGCCGAUUAUGAGGAGGCGCUGGAGCAGCUGCACCUGCUGGCACGCCGUUACCGAGACGACAGUGGAGGCAGGACACAGUCUUCAUCAGAGGAUGAAGAUUGAGGGCUUUGUGAUGAAGAGGCUUACACAUCCUUGGCCUGCAGGAAUGAAUCCAGCUUCAAACAUUUGGAAACCACCACGAGCUCCUGGGCUGCAAUUCUAGAUUUGUCCAGGAGAGGGCACCAAUGCCAACAGAAAAGUCAGCAGCUGUCUUGAUAAAAGAUAAAAUAAUCAAACUGAAGAGACUAGCUGCCUGCUUUUCUUUAGCUUUAAAGAGGGGAAAAAAGUUAGCAACAGUAAACUUAAAGCUUUGAGACUGAAGAUAUGCUUUCUCUCAAUUAUUUUUUUUUUACAUUUGUAUUUACUGGAGUUUUUUUUAUUUAAACAAAAUAAUAUGCCGAU